AUGCAACAAGACCUUGGCGAAACCAAGGUCUUAAAAGGCGCAAACUUGCGUAUAGAAGUGCCUGGAUUUGCAGAUUUAAAAGGUGAUGAAAUGGAGUUCUCUUUUUUCAAUUUUAAUUUUCCAUCCACAAAAGCGCCGAGUAUUAAAGCAUAUUUUGUAGAUGAUCCUUCUCGUGAAUUAGAAGACACGAAAGGUUUCAAAUUAUCAUCAAUUUCCAAACGAUUUAUGCCACAACAAACUCCUUCAUUUUUACCAGCCGUGAUGGCAUUCACAAGACAAAGAACUUACUCCCCAAGCCCAGACACGCAAUUUCCCUUCCACGAACCAUCAUUGUUCGACGAUAAUAACAAAAUCUAUCAAGAAGUAUGUACAGAUAAUACGGGUAUAUCUCUUUUAGAUCAGAUUAAGUAA